CUUUGACUAAUCCUUUCCGUGGGAGGGAGUCGAGGGGGACCGACUGGUUGGACCGACUUAGCAGGAAUGUUCCACUCACUGCAGAGGAGGUCGCCCUCCAGUGUUUAUUUCUACUGUGUGAGCUCUGCAAGGUUUGCCAGACUUGCAGAUGGGAAUCUGGGCUGGGGGCGUCAGGUGAGCUCCCUCAAGGGCAGGGUACAGCAGUUUCUAAGUUGGUUCCAGAAAGAAAUUGAAAGAGGCCCCAGACAGAAUAAGAGCCUGCUCUCGCUUUUAGCUAACCAGUGUAGCUAUGUCACCAGCUUGAGGGUCCGCCGUGCUCAGCAGAUCGGCCAGCUCUACGGCAAUAUCUACUCCGAGAGAACGCGCUGGAGCCUCUUCAGUAGACUUUGGCGCAAGUUUUAUAUCCACCACGGGAAUGCCUGUAAACUGAUGGCGGCUCUAACUGGAAUCUUUGUGUGGGAAGAGGAGAGGAUCAAAGAAGAAGAGUUACAGAGAUCUAUUGAUGAGAUGAAAAGAAUAGAGGAAAUAUCUAGUGUAUUCAGAAGCAGUGGCGUUGAGUGCCACCCCCCCGAAUUGAAACCCCAAACAGAAGAAACAAGUGAUAAAGUCACCAAAGACCAGCCAUGGGAAAUGGUAAUGGACAAGAAACACUUCAAACUUUGGAGGCGCCUGAUCAGUGGUACUCAUCUAUACCAAUACAGAGUUUUUGGAACAUAUACUGAUGUGACACCCAGACAAUUCUUCAAUGUUCAGCUGGAUACAGAGUAUAGGAAGAAGUGGGAUGCUCUCGUCAUCAAACUGGAAGUCAUCGAGAGGGAUGUGCUAAGUGGUUCUGAAGUUCUUCACUGGGUAACUCAUUUUCCUUAUCCAAUGUACUCAAGGGAUUAUGUAUAUGUCCGAAGGUACAGUGUGGAUCAAGAAAACAAUGUGAUGGUAUUGGUAUCACGUGCCGUGGAACAUCCUAAUGUACCAGAAUCUCCUGAAUUUGUUCGUGUCCGGUCAUAUGAGUCCCAAAUGGUUAUCCGUCCCCACAAAUCAUUUGAUGAGAAUGGCUUUGACUAUUUGCUGACAUACAGUGAUAACCCCCAAACUGUUUUUCCUCGUUACUGCGUCAGCUGGAUGGUCUCUAGUGGCAUGCCAGAUUUUCUGGAGAAGCUGCAUAUGGCCACCCUAAAAGCCAAGAACAUGGAGAUCAAAGUGAAGGACUAUAUCUCAACCAAACCCUUAGAUGUUGGCAGUGAAGCCAAAACAGCCACUCAGACCCCAGAUCGAAAGAGUGAGGGCAGCUGUGGCCCUGCUCGCAUUGAAUAUGCUUAAAGGGAAUUAGGUUGGGGGGGAGGGGUGGGAGAGAAGUUCUUUCAUGCCUGCUUUGGACCUUUAACUCCUGUUGCAAAACAGGGAAAAGCCAGGUAUAUUUGAAGAGGUCUGCUUUACUCACAAAGAUAGUUUGAUUACUGGAGUCUAAUUCAUCUGGCCCUGAAUCUUUCAGUGCUUUUGACAUCCUUUUUUCAGAGCAUUUGAGAAGACGACAUCUCUCCUGGGAAGCUGUUGUGUUCCUGGCCAAAGAAUUUUAAAUUCGUUAUUUCUAUACUUCUGUAAGGAUGAGAACACUUCCAUUUUCCCCCUUGGAGCAUUUUCCUCAUGCUUGGAUUUUACUCUGUGCCAUCCAUUCUGCAAUGACUUCACUUGCUGAAGACUCCACAAACAAGACUGUUUGGGUUUUUCAUCAAUUUUGGGGGGGAAAUGGGGUAUUGAAAUCUCUUGGCAGUAGGUCUUUGUAUGUGAUGACAUAAAUGAAACAGUCCUAUGUGGCCCAA